AUGGGCAGCCCAGUAUCCCCGAUCCUGGCUAACUUCUUUAUGGAAUGGCUAGAACAACAGGCCAUCGCCACUGCUCCCAUAGACCGUAAACCUAAGCUAUGGAAAAGAUAUGUGGAUGACAUCCUAGAAAUCAUUAAGAGGGGAAAGGUGGAGGCUCUGACAGGUCAUCUCAACGGAGUAGACAAAACAAACAGCAUCAAAUUCACGCACGAACCAGAGAAAAAUGGCCAGGGGCCCGUUUCUCGAACGUCCCGAUAAUUAACGGGCCCGGUAAGCCGUCUCCGUUUAUAUUAAAGAUCGAGGUUUCAAUAGUUUUGCACUAUCAGUUAUUGAAACAAAAAAGGAGUAGUUUGCUAGCCAGGACCCGCGCUCUUAUUUUUUAUAUUUCGAUUUGAAUAUUUAAUUUCGGGCCCGAAAUCAAAAUAUUCAAAUCGAAAUAUUAAACAUCAAAAAUAAUUAAAUAUUAAAUAUUAAAUAAUUAAAUAUUAAAUAUCAAAUCGAGUUGCUCAAAGCUGGGUUAAGAUAACCCAGGGUUAGUGCCAGAUUUGAAUUCAGAUUUGAAAGCUUAAAAAUCAUUUUAGUUUUAAUUCCUUUUGUCUACAAGUUGAUGAUUGGAAGCUCUAAAAAUAACAGAGAAAAUUUUCCGAGAAAAUGCUUUUGAACAAAAGAAAAAGAAACCCUGGUUAAAUUUAACCACGGGUAAAGCGCUAGUCGGCCUUCGAACAACUGGGCCCAGGAGGGAGGACGGAUCCAUCAAACCACUGGUUUACAGGAAAGCCACACACACAGACCAGUACCUGUCGUUUCAGUCGCAUCAUCCACUUCAGCACACACUUGCUGUCAUACGGACGUUAUUGGAAAGGAGUGACAGCAUUGUCACGGAAGAAGACCGUAAACAAGAGGAAGAACACAUAAGAACAGCCCUCCAUACAUGUGGUUACCUGGAUUGGGCGAUAAAGAAGGUCAAAGAG